AUGGAACAGAAAUUACUACAAAUUCUACAGAAAUGUAGAAAUAUGAGUGAAUUAAAACAGAUCCAUCUCCAAAUUUUGAUUCAUGGGUGUCAACAAAGUAAUUUCAUUAUACCAAAACUUAUAAGUUUCUCUACUAAAUUCAAUUCAUUGGGCUAUUCAGUACCAGUAUUUAAGAACUCUCAUUUUCCAAAUGUAUUUGUUUAUAAUACAAUGAUUGAGUGUUUCUUACAGAAAAACUAUAAGAAAGAUGCUUUUUUUGUUUAUAAUUCUAUGAGGGUUUCGCCCAAUAAUUUCACAUUUACAUUUCUUUUUAAGUCAUGUCAGUCUUGUGAUGAUUUUGAUACUGGGAGAGAAUUACAUACCCAUGUUGUGAAAUUUGGGUUUGGGGCUAAUGUUUUUGUACAGAAUACUGUUUUGGAUUUCUACUCCAAGUGUAGUGAGAAUGUGGGUAGUGCAUUCAAGGUGUUUGAAGAAAUGGAUGAGAGAGAUGUUGUUUCGUGGAAUUCUAUGGUUUGUGCUUAUAUUAAUCAUGGUGAGAUGAGGUUGUCAAUUGAGUUGUUUAAGUCUAUGGAAGAGAGAAAUGCUGUUUCAUGGAAUUUGGUUAUUAGCGGUUUGGCCAAGAGAGGAGAAAUGGAGUCGGCAAGGUUGUUGUUUGAUGAGAUGAUAACUUGGAAUGCUGUGAUGAAGAAUGCAAGGUUGGGUCUUGAUAAUGAAGUAGCUUGGAAUGCUAUGAUUUCUGGUUAUACGAGGAAUGGUGAUGUGGAGAAUGCGAGAUUGAUUUUUAAUCAAAUGCCAGUGAAAUCUGUAGUUUCUACGACUGCUAUGAUUUCAGGAUACGCUAAAGUUGGUGAUGUUGUAGAGAUGAACAACCUUUUCAAUUCAAUGCCAGUUAAGAAUGUCAUUACUUGGAAUGCCAUGAUUGCAGGUUUUGUUCAGAAUCAUAAAUUUGAUCAAGCAUUGGAAGUUUUCCAUAGAAUGUUGAUGUGUGGUGAAUGUAAGCCGGACGAGACUACUCUUUUGAGUGUUCUCUCUGCCUGUACUCACCUAGGUGCUCAUGAGCAAGGAAAAUGGAUCCAGUCUUAUAUUCAAAAGCGGGAUAUUGAAAUUUCUACUCCAUUAGGGAAUGCCUUGAUAGAUAUGUUUGCAAAAUGUGGUGAUCUUGAAAGCGCAAUGUCAAUAUUCAAUCAGAUGAGCAAGAAGUGCAUUAUCACAUGCACAUCAAUGGUUGCAGGCUUAGCCUUUAAUGGGCAGUGUAAAGAAGCUUUAGCUCUCUUCGAUGAGAUGUGUAUGGAAAGAAUACAACCAGAUGAUGUCAUCUUCAUUGCUGCUCUCUCCGCUUGUACUCAUGGGGGACUGGUUGAAGAAGGAAAACGGGUUUUUAGUCAAAUGGUGAAACAAUUCAAUAUUGUUCCUCGAAUUGAGCAUUAUGGAUGCAUGAUCGAUCUUCUUAGUCGAGCAGGGAAAUUAGAGGAAGCAUUCACGUUAAUUACGAGUAUGUCAAUGAAGCCAAAUGCCGUUAUUUGGGCUACUUUACUUGGUUCUUGUAAGCUGUAUGGACAAAGAGAGAUGUUAGAGGUUUUGACAAAAAAGAUCCUCAAACUGGAGCCUUCCAAUCCUGCUUAUUUAAUGCUGAUUUCAAAUUUGAAUGCAUCGAUCGGCCAGUGGGAGGAUGUUUUAAGUGUUAGAGCAGCAAUGAAGAAGGAAGGGAUCGAGAAAGUUCCCGGUAGUAGCUCAAUUCAAGUGGAAAAUAAAGUUCAUGAGUUUCUGGUUAGGGACACCAAACAUGAAAACAGGAUGGAGAUCUUUGAAACUUUAGAUUCUCUCUAUGAUCAGUUAAAAACAAUUGGAAUUAUGGAAAAGAGAGACUAUGUGCAUCUUGGUAUGCCAAAAUUUGCAGGGUUCAUAUGAGGAUUUCUGGAGCAUAUAGAUGGUAUUAAAAGUUGUUGUUCAGCUGGAAAGAAAUCUUUUGUUUGAUCUCGAAACAGCUACUUCAUACUGCAGAGGCAAAGAAAUUUGUCACGAAAAAAACAGCAUAUGGGGUAAAAUUGGAAAUUCUUUUAUGAAAUUUUCCUCAGAAACAUCAAUCACGAAUGCUAAUCAAGAGUUUAGAAGACAAGUUUACUGAAGACGUGGGAACUUCAAGGUAGACCCUAAAAGAAUUUAAAAACUGCCAGUCUCACUACAUACUUCUAAUGAAGGCCUUCAGCUCUUUCUUUCGUCGUAACCAGCGGGCACUUUUCUACGUCAAACAAUGUCCUUGAUUCUUGAAUGGUCCAUGACAGAUGUUUGCUUAUCAUCUUCGACGUUUUCAACAAGAUGCUCUGCCAAGGAGUGAAACUUUGUAACACCAAUCGGGCCUUUAAACUGUGUCAAAAUGAGACCCAACUGUGUUUGGCUUAUUUGAGGAUGUGAUCCAAAGCACCGGGAGUAAUAGUCAGAAUCAAUUGCUACAUGGGCACAGUUUGAAGCUAUGUCAACUAAAUGAGACUCACCGUAUGAUUUAACUCUUCAGCGAGCUCAUCCAGUGGUCGUACGAACAUGCGAGGGAUCUUUACAAUUCCAGCAUCAACUAUUCCUUUCACACCAGCUUUUGAUUCUUCAAAGGCCUUCAGUUCUUUG